UGUGUCACAAACUUCAAAUUUCCUGUUGAAAAAUGCUGCAAAAUAGCUUACUUUUGAGCACGCUGCAUGCUGUGGAGCAGGUGGAAAUAUCCUUUGAGCAGACACUGCGCACAAUCGGCGAGAUUAAUCAUCGCUAUGAGGUGGUGUCCAGCCUCAAGCAGCGCGGCGCCAAGGGUCAGGAUACGUAUGAGCGGGAGAUCCAAGCAGCCAUCACAGAGCCAACCUACACGAAGAUCUUCACCAAGAAGUGGAAAAGGAAGAAGGCAACUCCAGUGAAGAGAGUCCAAAAGAGGAGCACAAUCAGCGCCAGUAGCUUGCAGCAUUGUGGAGAGGAAGCUGCGGCUGAUCCAGAGGACACCCCUGCUGCUCCUGCCCAACGGCCUGAACCAUUUAUGUGCCUGCAAACCAAUUGCCAGUUCUAUCACAUCGAAUGUCAGAGCAAUAUUCGGGGGCCCACAAAAACCUACAAGCAGCGCAUUGAGCGACUGCAUCGUGCGGCGCAGCAGCAACUGGACAAGCAGUGCAAGUCCUUCAGCAAUGCCUGUGGCAAUCCUCAGAUCGAGCAGCAGGACGAAGAUGACAAUUGUGCGACUUGCUGCAGCUAUUGCUGUGGGUCUUGCUGUUGCAAAUGUUAACGUGAGAGUUUCUGGGAGUAAAAUUUCAGUUGUAUUUUGUUGCAUAUUCUUAGGCAGUUUUUGUAGAAACUUUCAUUAAAGCCUCCCAAGAAAUUGGCAAA